AUGCUCUCAGGAAUACUUCUUUUCAACCAGAAGGGCGAGAAUCUGAUCUUUCGCCAAUUUCGAAAUGACUGUCGGCCAAGACUGUCUGAUGUCUUCCGAAUCCAGGUCAUUUCGAAUGCCCAAGUCCGUUCUCCAAUUCUCACACUCGGGUCAACUACGUUCUCCCAUGUCAAGCACGAAAACAUCUACAUUGUUGCUGUAACCAAGAGCAACGCCAAUGCCGCAUUAGUUUUCGAAUUUCUGUACAGGCUGAUCGCGUUAGGAAAGAGCUAUUUUGGGAAAUUUGACGAGGAGGCCGUGAAGAACAAUUUCGUGCUGAUUUAUGAACUUCUCGACGGUGCGUUUAUUUCCCCUCUCCUCAAUUAUUUGCUGGAAGAAGUGGCGGAAAUCCUGGAUUUUGGGUAUCCCCAGAAUACCGAAACUGAUACACUAAAGAUGUACAUCACAACCGAGGGGGUAAAGUCUGAGCGAGCAAUAGAAGAUUCAACACGCAUCACUAUGCAAGCCACCGGUGCCCUCUCGUGGCGGCGUGCGGAUGUAAAAUACCGCAAGAAUGAAGCCUUCGUCGACGUCAUCGAGGACGUGAAUCUUCUCAUGUCUGCCGGCGGUACCGUCCUUCGGGCAGACGUUUCGGGGCAGAUCAUAAUGCGUGCUUACCUCUCUGGCACCCCGGAAUGCAAAUUUGGUCUCAAUGAUCGUCUUCUGCUCGACGGAGAUGGACUUACCAGACCAUCUGGAAAUAAAAGUGGCACCAAGGCAACAAGAGCUGCUGCUGGGAGUGUGACACUUGAGGAUUGCCAGUUUCAUCAAUGUGUAAAGCUCGGAAAAUUCGAUACCGAUAGGAUUAUAUCGUUCGUACCGCCUGAUGGAGAGUUUGAGUUAAUGAGAUAUCGUGCAACGGAAAAUGUGAAUCUGCCAUUCAGGGUGCAUGCUAUAGUGAACGAAAUUGGGAAGACGAAGGUUGAAUACCAGGUCGCAAUCAGGGCGAACUAUGGUACUAAGCUCUUUGCCACUAAUGUUGUUGUGCGUGUUCCGACACCCUUGAAUACAGCUGGUAUUCAAACUCGAACGAGCCAAGGAAAGGCCAAGUACGAGCCCUCAGAGAAUAUCAUUGUUUGGAAGAUUCCUCGUUUCACCGGCCAGAGCGAAUAUGUUCUAUCCGCAGACGCUACCCUCACAUCGAUGACGAACCAGAAAGCAUGGUCACGACCGCCAUUGUCGCUCAGCUUCAGUUUGUUGAUGUUUACAUCCUCGGGCCUCUUGGUACGAUACUUGAAAGUAUUCGAGAAAAGUAAUUACUCAAGCGUCAAGUGGGUUAGAUAUAUGACAAGGGCGGGAAGCUACGAGAUCAGAUUUUGA